CUUCCGUCUUUAAAAGUUGACAGCCAAGUCCAGGAAUCAGUGACGGUGGUGGAAUUACUUUUCAAUGCAUCACCACAAUGGCUCAUAUUCCUUUACUCUUAGUGCUCCCACUGUAUGUGUUAUGUAAGUUAGUGACAACUGAGUGCUACACCUAUGCAUCCAAACCUCUUUUCAUGUCUUUCUCUGACUUGGCUGCCCUUGAAGCAAACUCUCAUCCCACUCACUUUGACGAUCCCAAUGGAAACCGCACUGCCGGAGAACAUAAGAGGACAGUUGUGGUGAAAUGUCACAGGGAUAGCGUUGAGGUUGUGAUAAAAGCUCGUUUCUUUGGCCACAGAUUGCCUGUUGAGCCCAGACACUUGAGGCUUGGGCCAGCGAGUGUUUCACAAGAUCACUGCACGGCCACACUCUCUGGAAAUGGGGAGUUCACCAUCAGAGCAGCAGUGAGCGAGUGUGGAGCCAAACAAAUGGCGACAGAGACGACUGUGCUGUACAACAACGUACUGCUGUACACACCACCACUUUUACCUGAAGCGGGAGUUGCCAUUCCUGUUCAGUGUGAAUACAGAAGGAGGUACAGAGUGAGCAGCGGGGCCCUGAGGCCGACCUGGACUCCCCUGAUCUCGGCCCAGUCGGCUCUUCUCCACCUGGACUUCCACCUCAGGCUCAUGACAGAUGACUGGAGUGACGAGAGAAAAUCCUCAGUUUACUUCCUGGGUGACAUGGUCAACAUUGAGGCCUCUGUAGAUGCAGCCAAUCACCUUCCUCUUAUUCUUUAUGUGCAUACAUGUACUGCGACUCUCACCCCUGAUGUGGAUUCUUACCCAAGAUACUCUUUCAUAGACCACCAGGGGUGUUUUAUCGACUCCCUGCUGACCGGCUCCAGCUCCUGUUUCCUGCCCCGAGUCCAAGACAAACUCCUCCAGAUCCAACUGGAACCCUUCCUCUUCCUCCAGGACCACAGGCACACCGUCUAUGUAACAUGUCACCUGGAAGCAGUGCCCAUUUCAGAGAAGGACCUUAUGAAAAAGGCAUGUUCUUUUAUCAGUGGGAGAUGGAGGUCAGUGGAUGGUAAUGACGGUGUCUGUGAGAGCUGUGGCAGGGAUGAAGUCAGGGGUCACACCGGCAGGGCCAAGCCGGCUGUUCACCAGUCCAGACACAAGAGGGCACUCUGGAGCAAAACCAAGUACAGGACAAACGAGUUACAUAAGAAGACCACUAUGGGCCCGUUUGUGUUUCUCCCCUGGAGAAAUCCCAACACCGGGAACAUCAAGGAGCUCUAACAAAGUAACCAAGUCUAAUAAAUACGGUGUUCAAGUGUUUGUGGAUAUUCAUUUGAAAAUAUAAUAUAUGUUAAAUGUUGUUUGACAUGCACCACUUGCAGUAAUUUUCUGUGGUUGUCCUGCAAAUGCUGAUAAAGUGUCCAAUUUAUGCCAAGUUAAUUAUGUUCCAUUAUUUGAAAUAACUGUGCUAUUCCACCCAGGAUACUGAAAUAUUUAAAAGUACAGAUCCAUAGCCAAUAAUCAAGAGACAAAAAGAUCCCAGAUGUAAUGAGAGAAGAUGUAAAAAAAAAAAAAAAAAA